AUGUCUAGUUGUCAAUCAAAUAGUACUACCUCUACGGCAUUUGCUCUUGCUAGAUCAGAGGAUCCAGCAUGGUCCCAUGCACGUGUAGUGCCAGGAGCAAGAAAUAAUACUCAAUGUCUUUAUUGUAGCAAAAUCAUUAGAGGUGGCGGAGUCACGAGGUUGAAGCAUCAUCUAGGUGGGAUUUCAGGUGAUGUAGAAGCAUAUUUAACAUAUGAUGAUGUUGAUGUUGGUGAUGAUGAGUAUGAGGGAGGGAGUCAAGGACACGUUCAUGAUUCAAAGGGGAAGGGGAAGGGGAAGGAGAAAGAAAUGAUUGACAAAGCAAAAAUGGCUAUAGCAAAUUGGUGGUAUGAUGCUAAUUUACCUUUCAAUGCAUCUCAAUCUAAGUUUUAUCAACCAGCUAUAGAUGUUAUAGCUGCCAUCGGGCCAGGAUUCAAGGGUCCUUCUUUACAUGAGUUGAGAGGAAAUUUGUUGAAGAAUUCUGUGACUGAGUCUAUUGAUACAUCGGGCCUUAGAAAAGAUGCUGAAACAUUAUUUAAAAUUUUUGAUGAAGUUGUUCAAGAAGUUGGGGUGGAGAAUAUUGUGCAAUUCAUAACAGACAAUGAUGUGAAUUAUAAGGCUGUAGGAAAAAAGUUACAACAAAAGUAUGGCUCUUUCUUUUGGUCCCCUUGUGCAGCUCAUUGUAUAGAUUUGAUGUUAGAGAAUUUUUGUGAUCCCAGACAUUUUCCUAUUAUUGAUGAAACUAUAAAGAAGGCAAGGAAGAUAACGAAAUUCAUUUAUAACCAUGCUUGGGUUUUGGCUUUGAUGAGAAAGGACUUCACCAAAGGUCAUGAUUUAUGUCGCCCUGCAGUCACAAGGUUUGCUACAAAUUUUUUAAGUAUCCAAUGCUUACUGUUGUUUAAGAAAGAGCUUCGACAAAUGUUCACUUGUGAUAAGUGGAUUGUAUCAAGUUAUUCUAAAAGCAACAUAAGGAAGGAGAUAGCUGGGAUUGUUCUAGAAGAUAGAGAGUUUUGGGCUCAAUGUCAGUUUAUUGUAACAAUCAGCGAGCCUUUGGUUCGAGUACUACAACUUGUCGAUGGGGAUGAGAAGCCUGCAAUGGGAUACUUGUAUAAUGCAAUGGAGAAAGCCAAAGAGAAUAUAAAAGCAAGAUUGAAGAACAAAGUUUCUGCAUUUAUGCCAUUCAUCAGGCUUUAA